AUGAAGUACAACCCACGCGUGUCUUCUUCCCGGUGCAAGAGCCGAAAGGCUCACUUCACGGUGCCGUCAAGCGUCCAUCGUGUCCUGAUAAGCGCGCCGCUCUCUAGCGACCUUCGGUCCAAGUACAACGUCCGCUCCAUGCCAGUCCACAAGGACGAAGAGGUCCAGGUGGUUCGAGGAACCUACAAGGGUCGUGAAGGUAAGGUGGUCCAGGUUUACCACAAGAAAUGGGUUAUCCACAUCGAACGCAUUACUCAUGAGAAGGUUAAUGGCUCCACCGUCAACGUCAGUAUUCACCCAUCCAAGGUUGUUAUCACUAAGCUCCGUCUCGGUAAGGAUCAUAAAUCGCUUCUCGACCACAAGGCGAAGGGACGAGCCACUGCCGAUAAGGACAAGGGUACUAAGUUUACCGCCAAAGAUAUUAUGCAGACCAUUGAUUAGUAGGUUGGUUAAUUAUGCUUGUUUUUGUUUGGUCGUUGUUGGAUUUAUAUUGAUGAAGGAAGAGAGAGGAAAACUAUGGCAUAUAAUGUUACUUUUGAUGGUACUUA